CCGGGUCCUUUCUAGGCAGCUAACGUUGGUUAGCAAGCUGUCAAGCUGUCAAGUGGAGAGGCUGGGACAACCGUUUCAGCUUCCCCCUGGCUUGGCCACUCAGAACUACGACUCACACCUUUACACCAAAAUCCGUCAGGCCACAUACAGUCAAUGUCGCCAGCUGAGAUAAUGUAAUGCGACACUGGCGUCUAGAGGGACGUAGAUAUUGUCUAUGCAGCGAGUCUUGAGUGACGCUUGGCCAUUGCUACAGAACUGGCUAUCGUAGCUUAGCUUACCCUACGCUAAGCCCUUAGUUUCGUCGGUCUACCCUCCUCGGAGUGUAGUUCGCACAGUCACUCCUCAUCAAACUCGCAGCUUCCGUUUCUGUUGAGCCCUAAUCUAAGAAUUUGGUUUUAAGAGGACACAAUGGGUGCAUUUCUGGACAAACCAAAGAUGGAAAAGUAUAAUUCCCGUGGUGAAGGGAACAGCCUGCGAUAUGGGCUGAGCAGCAUGCAGGGUUGGAGGGUAGAGAUGGAGGAUGCACACACAGCAGUAAUUGGACUGCCCCAAGGCCUGGACCUCUGGUCAUUCUUUGCUGUCUACGAUGGGCAUGCUGGCUCUCAGGUGGCUAAGUACUGCUGUGAGCACCUGUUGGAGCACAUCACCAGCAACUCAGACUUCCAGAGUGCUCUGCAGGACGACACCUCAGUGGACAACGUGAAGACUGGGAUCCGCACAGGCUUCCUGCAGAUUGAUGAACACAUGCGAACCAUCUUAGAGAAGAAACACGGUGUGGACCGUAGUGGCUCCACCGCAGUGGGAGUGAUGAUAUCACCAAGCCAUAUCUACUUCAUCAAUUGUGGUGACUCCAGGGGGCUCCUCAGCAGAGGUGGAGCUGUGCACUUCUUCACGCAGGAUCACAAACCCAGUAACCCACUGGAGAAAGAAAGAAUUCAGAACGCUGGAGGCUCAGUCAUGAUCCAGCGAGUGAAUGGGUCAUUAGCUGUCUCUAGAGCUCUGGGUGACUUCGACUACAAGUGCGUUCAUGGGAAAGGUCCAACGGAACAGCUGGUUUCUCCUGAACCUGAGGUGUAUGCAAUAGAGCGAUGUGAAGGAGAAGAUGAAUUCAUUAUACUAGCUUGUGAUGGCAUCUGGGACGUCAUGGCCAAUGAGGAACUCUGUGACUUUGUCAGAUCAAGGCUGGAGGUGACAGAUGAUCUCGAAAGAGUCAGCAAUGAAAUCGUUGACACGUGUUUGUAUAAGGGAAGUCGGGAUAAUAUGAGUGUUGUGUUAAUCUGCUUUCCUGGAGCACCGAAGGUUUCUCCAGAAGCAGUGAAACGAGAAAAUGAGCUGGAUAAAUAUCUGGAAGCCAGGGUAGAAGAAAUCAUUAAAAAGCAGGGUGAUGAAGGCAUCCCAGAUUUGGUCCACGUCAUGCGAACGUUAGCAUCUGAGAGCAUCCCCAACCUUCCUCCUGGAGGAGAGCUGGCAAGCAAGAGAAGUGUUAUUGAAGCAGUCUACAACAAACUCAACCCUUACCGGAGUGAUGACACAGACUCUGCGUCCACAGACGACAUGUGGUAACACAACCUCCUACCACUAACACACCAUAGAGUUUACAAACCACCAUCCUCUCAAGACCCACAGCAGCUCAGCUCAGCAGUCUGUCUCGCCGUCACUCUGAGCUUUUGGUUUCUAAGAAGGGAAUGUCAUGGCAGUAGGAGGAGGAGGAGGAGGAAGUGGAGGAGGAGGAGGAAGAGGAGGAAGAAGAUUUGCAUGCACACAAACCUGGAAAAGUGCAGCAACAGUCCACUCUGGAGUUCAGGAUCCUCACUGUCUUGUCCUCCCAUUUCUGUUCACUCAUCUAAAUACUCUCUUCUAAAGUAACCCAUAACAAGUGAGUCCACAAAGUUUUCUUUCUUUUCUUUUUUUUUUGUUUAAAAAAAAAUCUGCCUAAGUAGUAAUUUUGUUUUUGCUGUAAUUAAUUUGAUUCACAUUUCCUCGUGUGUUUGUAUAUUUCUGUUUUUGUGAAGUGCAAUUGUCCUGUACAAACAGCCUGUAUCUAAUGCAGCUUGAUUUUAAGUUAAAAAAUGAAAGAAAUGAAAAAGAGAACCUUUAUGCACUAUCUGCCUUUUCCUGCUCUUCUGCAAAUUCUAACAAAUGUCUCUUCAGUGAAUAUUAUUGCUUGUCCUCCAGGCACAAUGUCUCUGCGCUUUCACUUUCCUUUUUUUUUUUUUUCAGUUAGUCUCUUAAAGAAACGGGUAAAUUGUAUAGUUGACAGCACAGUAAGCUCUAUAUCAAACCAUUUAAAUCCUAAUUAUUUUUUUCCCUUUGCUUUUUUUAAUUGUUUUAUUUUUGUAAGCGGCUUUCUGUACAUGCGCAAAUAUUAAUUUUAAAGUGUUUUUCCAUCAUUUUGGAAAGUGUAAAGCAAAACCUUUUUUUUUUUUUUUUUAGGCGUCAGAUUAAAACAACAACAACAACAAACUUCCCCCUGGUAACACGUUUGUCUGUGCAGAUAGAUACUUGCCAGCGUGUCGCGGGUGCUUGUUUGUUUGUUUGUAUGUAUGAGCGCAUGUGUGUUUGUUUGUAUCCUUUGGUGUGAGUCUAAUUUGAUUUUGCUGAAGUUCAGACACCAGACCAGGCUGGAGUUUAAGGGAACGACCCCACUGCUUACACACCGUUUGCCAUUUUGUCACAGGUUCCCUCCACUUCCUAAUCCCAAAUGCUACGGCUAACAGAGUUAAGCUAUUUGAACAAUGUUAAGCUACAUACAGUAUAUAUCAGCACUAUAUUGUAAUCUGAGAUUACACAAGUAGUCAGAAAUGUACUCAUGGUGUACAGUGGCUUGUAGUUAGUCAGGACUCGACUAAUUUCAGCAUCUUUUGUGUCAUAUUUGACUAUAAAUAUGUAAACAUUACGUGCUCCAAGUGCCCACCGUGGCUGCCAUAUGAUUUACCACCACCUUUUUUUAGCUCUUUUUUUUUAUCAGACUAUGCCAAGUUUUGUUUUCCACCUCAUUCAGUGCUUUUAUGUGGUACAAACUGAUUUUUAACUUCAACAUCACCCACUAUGAGGUUAAACAUAGGGAACCCAGUCCCGUUUGGACUUGACCACCAAGAACAAAUCUUUAAACCUACAGUGAGCUCCUGUCAUUGUGUCUCACUCCUGGGUUCCUGCUCUGCUCUGCUUGAAAACCUGCUCUAGUGCCGCCAAAAGCCACAGGACAUUAUAGCUUCAGUGUUUAGUGUUUCACUUUUUAACUCAACACCCCCCCCAACCCCCCCGUCAUCGAUUCAACCUGCAUCUAACAAACACACACACACAGCGGUAGACAUGUUUCGUGAAGAGAAAUUGAUUUAUUUUUUUUUCAAUUUUCAUUUUUACCUUUUUUUUUGUUCUAAAAUUACACUGUUGGAGUUUUAUAUAUAUGUAUAUACGUAUACAGUAUAUUGACUUAAAUUUUCAAUUAUGAUAAUAAUUAUGUCACCUGAGUUAAUUUUUUUUUUUUUGCCAUGGAGCAAAUGUGUGAUUCUGGUGUGUGUUGGUAUGUUGAGGUGAAUGUUUUCCCUCUGAUCAUGAUGGUAUCCUUCACAGCAACGCUGAGGAUUUAGUUUUUUUUUUAUAAUGUAUAUCAAAAAUCUAAUGUACUAAAAGUGUGUAAUCCUUAAAUUAUUAAAAUGGACAAUCCUAACGAUGUCACCACAGCGAGUUGUGUGGUGGGGAGCAAUUUACGAAAUCUUAAAAGCGUAGACUUUAACUUUCCAUGUAAUCCUGAAGAGGCUGCAUCCUAACAUGCUUUAGCUGCGACGCUACCAAAAAGCAUUUUGUAACAACAAAGUCUAUAUAUAAAAAAAAUCAAAAAAAAUUAUUCGAGGAGUAAAAAAAUUGUAAUUGUAUUGGUUAUUUCUAAUUUUGUACUUUUGUUUGUCUUUUAAGGUACUCUGUGGAGUUUUUGACCACUAGUGGUGCUGUUGAGUUCAUCUCUGUUUGACAACAGAUUUUUUGUUCUACAACCACAAUAGAUACCACAUAUAUAAGAAAUGGACAUUUUUAAAAUGUGGCAAAGAUGAGGACACGGUCCCAAAGUCGAUACUGUGUGACCUCUCCUGCCAUGCUUUGUUGCCCAAUUUCCCUUAAAUUGGAUCAUAAUGUAAAAAGUUACUCAAACAUCAAAAACUUGAACUAUCGCCUAAUUUUGUUCCUUUUAAUAUAUGGACUUUAAAGAUAAACUGGCUCCUACAUUGAAAAAUACUCCGAGUACCUUCAGACUUCCAAAAAUGUCAAUUAGAAGUAAUUAAAACAUGGCAAAACAUUAUUUCCACAAAAACGUGAAAACUACAACCUUAUAAAAGAUUUUUAGUGUAAAAAUGACAUUUUCUUUUUUUUCUUCCUAAUCCAAUGCUUAACCUGUACUUAUAUGCACACUGUGCUCACGUCAUGUAAUGUUAUCUCACUUUAAUCAGUGUUCAAGGAAACGGAACUUGUUUUAAUUUUAUUCUUUCCAAUGAAUCGGUUUAUAUUUCAGCUCUAAGCUCUUUGAUUUUGUGCUGCAUUGACUGUGUUUGUUUAGUGACUUCACUAACGUCUCUUAUCAAACUGUUUUAAGCACCAGCUGCUUACUGCACACCUGGUCGGUGUUGAUGACCCUUAUAGGAUAUUUCCAUGUCUUUUUUUGUUUAUUUUUUUAUUUUAAAGCUUGAUGAAUAAAACACUUUACAUGCAUCUUUCAAAGCCGUCAUUGCCGCGCUUUUCUAAACUGUUCAAACCCCGGCCAACGGCUCAUGCUGGUUAAUAACAGUUUUAUAACAGACUCGGCCUGCAAACAGAUUUAAAAAUGAUUUUUUAAAAUUUAUUUUUACUACAAAACAUCUAUAGUUUGAUUGUGAGCAGACAUUGAUUUUGGCUUGGUUGGGACUGGUCGUGUUGUUUUGUUGGGGGGGUUAAAUGUAACUCAUCCUUUAAUGUUGCCCAUUCCCUGGAACUGAUUUAACCCCAAAAGAGGAAAAAAAAAAAAGCCCUGGCAUCCAUUCUUAUUUGAGCUGAAAUACCUCAUUGUCAUUAUAGGAAGUGUGUUUUACUUGUUUUUUUUUUUUUUUCCUGUGUGAUGUAUGUAGAUCCAGUUCUAACAGCAGUUCACAAAAACCAGAGCCUUUUUCUAAUGGUCCUCCACUAACUCCUCCCUGUGAUCUGUAGAGUGGGGUGAGUCUGUGCUCAUGUGCAGUAUUUGACUGAAAAUUUGUGUAGUGAUGUUUAAAAAAAAAAAAAACCAAAACCAAAAAAAAAAAAAAAACCCCGAAAAAAAUAA